ACGGUAUAAUAGUAAUUUUGUCGAGGCCUCGGAGAGGAGCACUGACCAAACACGUCUAAUCCAUACGCAUGCACACUGGCGCCCCUCAAGUUAUUGGUUUUGAUGAGGGGUAAUUUUUUUUCCCCCAGGUCUCUUGAAAUAAGGCCACUUUUUUUUAGUUUGAGUGACAGGUCUUGGUUUACAAUUCCAUUUGAAAGUUGGCACCUCAUUCAGUGCAACAGACCGGCAGUGUCAGCUUAGAUUUAUUUACAUAGUUUUCUGGUUAUGAGAAUUAAAUAUGUAGCCUACCACAAAAGCCUCAACAGCUGAGCCACACUACCAGUAAGGCAAUACAGUUGUCGCUUGAUUUACAAAAGGGAUGAGUUUUGUUAAGUGAAAUUUCAUAGAUAGUAAAGGCUGGGUGAAAUUUGUCAUGCUUUUUUCUGCAGCUGUAUUCCUUUGGAUAGAAACUGGUGCAUUGCUUUGCAAAGCCAAGACAGAGUCAAAGGCUUGUGUUAACAAAAUUAAUGGAAAUUAAGGAAUCACAAACAUGAGAAAAUCUGCAGAUGCUGGAAAUCCAAGCAACACACACGAAAUGCUGGAGGAACUCAGCAGGCCAGGCAGCAUCUAUGGAAAAAUGUACAGUUGACGUUUCUGGCCAAGACCCUUCAGCAGGACUGAAGAAAAAAGCUGAGGAGUAGACGAGGCAAGCGCAAACAUCUUGCUUCCUCAGAUUGCCUGUCUCUGAGCAACAGCCGUGUGGGUGCGUUCUCACUGACACAGCCAUUCUGUUAUAUGGGCACAGGCAGAGGUUUACAUAGGGGUCUAUACCCAAGGAGCAGGAAAACAGCAGGCCGAUUAUGCCAUCUCCAAAGGCAGCAGGUGGAUGACAUGCACAGGCCCUCUGAAGAUGUGACCAGCGGCAAAGCCAGUGUCGGCCAGUCAAACUCUGAGCUCGAUUUUGCUUUCGACCCCAAAGAUUUCCUUUCCAGUGACGUGUCCAUUGAAAAUGACGUGUUGGUUCUGAAUUCAAACUCCAGCAGAAAGCAACCCGUGCUGUCACCGGGAUGUUCGAACAGCGAUAGGAGUGGAUUGGACCGCUCCACAAGGAGCCUGGAAAAUGUCCCUGUCAUCCUCCAGCAGAAUAACAUGAGAGCUGGAGUCACUGGUGCUGAGCCAGAGGUCGAACCUCUCCCUGAUUCCUACUUUGGAUUGUUGGGAUGCACAGGCUCCCAGACACGGCCUUCCGGACACAUCUCCCAGCUCCCAGACGAAAUUCUCAGGGCUAUAUUCUGUCACCUGCCAGCGGUGGACUUGUAUAGCUUCAGGCUGGUCUGUCAGCAAUGGCGACGUGUUCUCAGUGACCCAAUGUUUGUGCCAUGGAAGAGACUGUACUAUCGAUACAGGAAGGGCCAAAGAACUGCCAUGAUGGAAGUUGACAGGAUUCUGAAAGAAAACAAAGUCACAAAGGGUGACAAACAGGGCAUGAUAAAUCUUGUAAGGUAUGUGGCAUCUCUCCAGCAUGCAAGAACUGUAAACUCUGAAGCAGUCUUGGAUUGUCUUAAGGACCACCCUGUCUUCAGUCAGUCCAAAUUAUGCAUGAACCAGAUCCUUCCAGAUGUUUUCGGAGCAGCCAGGACUAUAAGCACAUGGGCGAUACUGGCUGUGAUCGUUCUCCUGUCCAGUAGUGUACAAGAAAUCCAGACACUUAUUUCCUCUCUGGGGCAACCUUGUUCAACUCUCCCACCAACAGAGUUUAUGGAAGUCCUGUACUGCAUGGCGACGUUACUCUUUGCCCUUGGAGAAAAAGACAUCGGCAUCAGCAACAGGAUCCAUUAUAAUCUGUUCUGCGUGCUCUACUUGAGGGAGAAUCCGGUCUGCAGAAAGCAGCCGACGCGUGUCUGUUCUCCGGACUCUGGCAGGCUUGAGAGGGAUAAUGUAUAUCAAAGUCCUGAGCUGGAGCGUGUGCUGAGUCAUGAAAUCCUCCCAGACCGUGUGAUAAAAAUAAUGGGACUUGCGGGUACAGGUAAAACGUCAUUGCUGAUUACGUAUGCAUGGCACAGACCUCACCUCCAGUUCCUGUUUGUACUUCCCAACAAGCCUGUUCCAGAGGAAGUCAGUUACCAUUUCCCUUCAAAUGUGGAGUGUACAACCAUGCACACCAAAGCCUAUCAGUGUGUUGGGUACAAAUACCAUCAGAAAAAGAAGCUUAUGCAUUGUGGUCUGAAGCCAUUUGCUGUUUCAAGAUUUGCUGAAGGACAGGGUAGCCUUUCUCGAGCAAGUUUUAUCUGUCGGAUCCUCAGCACUUUCUUCUCCUCAGCGGAUGCAUCUAUCACUGUAGCUCAUGUACCGGGCGAAUGCAAGAGCACGUAUGGAGGUACCAGGUCAAUGGAACAUCACGAGAAAUUAGAGCUGGUUGGAGAUGCAAAGAAGAUUUGGAAAAAGAUGGUGGAUCUUCAUGAAACCAACUACUUCAUGACUCAUGAUGGCUAUCUGAAACUUUGGCAACUUAGCAAACCCAAUCUGUCGCAAUUUGAUGUCCUCCUUUUGGAUGAAGCUGAAGAUUGUAGUCCAGCCAUUAUGGACAUUAUACUUUCUCAGAAAUGUGGGAAGAUUCUUGUGGGAGAUCCACACCAACAGAUCAGUAGUUCCAAGAGUCCUUUUGAAGCUCUGUGUGAAGCUCACCGCCCUCAACUGUUCAGUCUAACACAAAGUUUCAGAUUUGGACCCCAGAUAGCUUAUGUGGCAGCAACAAUAUUGGAAGUGUGCAAACAAGUCAAAGACAAGACCUUGGUUGGCGGAAAUGAAGAUGGCAAUGCUACUCAAAGCUCAGUUGGGCAGGUGGCAGUUCUGUGUAAGACUACAUCUGCUGUGUUCGACGAAGCUGUGCGUAUUGUGACCAGCAGCAAUCCAACCAAGAUGUAUUUCAUUGGGGGACUUGAUAAGUUUGGAAUGAGCACAAUACUGGAUAUUUGGAUGUUAAUGAUCUUGGAGAAGGAACAAGCAACCAAAGACCUUGUGAUUCGGAAUCCAUUCGUCCAGAUGUUUGAAGGCAAUGGUGGUUGGCAUGGACUAAGAAAGUAUGCUGUACAAGUUGAAGACUCAGAGCUGGAGGAGAGGAUUGCAGUUGUGGAGAAAUACAGUCUGGAAAUUCCUAUGCUAGUGAAGAAAAUCACCAACCUCUGUGUCAAUUGCCCAUCAUUUGCAAAUGUUCUUCUGGGAACCGUGCACAAAGCAAAAGGAUUGGAGUUUGAUACAGUGCAGAUUGCUGAAGACCUUAUAAAGGUUCCUGACUUUCAACAUAACCCUACUGUUCUUUCACAGUUCAAGAUGGACUUGGUCCCAAGUAUCGACUGGAACUUGCUUUAUAUUGCCGUUACCCGUGCAAAGAGGCGUCUAGUGAUGAGCCGGUCUUUGGAAUGUCUUCUCUCCUUUGCCAGCGAGUAUUUUCUAAAGCCUGAGUUAACCACCAACCUGCUUGGCAAGAGCUUGCCUGCUAAAUGCAAUGUCAGAGGGUGUUUGAAUCAUAUUUCAAGGGAAGCAGUGUUAACAAUGAGGAAAGCAUCAAGUUUACAGUGUGCUGGGAAGAUCUACCUCCUCGUUUCUCCAGAACUGGGCAAAUUGUGUUAGACCAGGCAGAAGGGGUUGUGAUCCCCCUUUGAAAAUAUCCUGGAGCUGGGAGUGUGGUAGGAGAUAGCAGUGAGAAGGGUGAGAGCAUGUAAUUAUUGUUGGAAGAGAUCAGACAACCGGCCGACAUAUCACCUCCAUCAGGAAGGAUGUUAUAUCUGGAACUCCCAAGAAAUCUUAUGAAAAUAUCCUGCUAAUUUGCAACUUAGAUAAGGAUUUGCAGUAUGUAAAUAUUUUAACUCCUAUUGUGAUAAAAAAAAUUACUGUUUUCAAUCAUCUUUAUGCACUUAAUGUUUUAUAUCUGUUUUCCCUCCAUAAAGCUGCUGUUCAUUUAACUAUUGAGUUAUGUUUAAUUUGUGUUCCACCUCUCUCACGGAGGUUGUAACUUCAUAAUACUGUUUGUUUUAAAUUUUUCCUGCGGAUGGCGGGAGUUUCCUGAUCACCCUUACCACUUCACCAACAUUGUCAGUCAUCUCAAGUAACAUACACACACACACAAUGCUGGAAGAACUUUGCAGGUUAGACGUCUUUGGAGAUGAAUAAAGAAUUGACACUUCAGGCAGAGACCCUUCACCAAGACCCUUCUCAGCCCAAAAUAACAUCCUUGCUGUGAUAAAUGGAAACUCAUCUCCCAUUGAAUGUCAGACUUCAAUGCAGAAAAGUGUGAGGUCUUGCAUUUUGGGAGGACAAAUGACGGUAGGACUUGAAACAGUGAACAGUAGGGCACUGAAGUGUGUGGUAGAGCAAAGGGACAUGGGAACACAGAUCCAAUGUUCCAUGACUGGCAUCACAGGUAGAUAGGGUGAUAAAGAGAGCUUUUGGUGUUGUGUAUUGUCUGCGGUUCUGGUUAUCUACCUACAAGAAUGGUAAGCUUAAAAGAAUACGGAGAAAAUUUACAAGGAUGUUGCUGGGACUUGAGGACCUGAGUUAUAGGGAAAUGAUGAUUAGGUUUAAUUAUUCCCUGGAAUGCAGGAGAAUGAGGCGAAAUGUUAUGGAGACAUACAAAGUUAUAAGCAAUAUGGAUAAGAUAAGUGGAUGCAGGCUAUUCCCCCCCCACCCCAAGGUUGGGUGAGACUAGAACCAGAGGUCAUAGGUUUAGAAUGAAAGAUUAAGUAUUUAAGUGGAACCUGUGGGAGUACAUCAUCACUCAGAGGGUGGUGAGAGUGUGGAACAAUCUGCCAGAAGAAGUGGUUGAUAGAAGUGUAGCUCAGAAGGGUAGGGCAAGGAAGAGGAGGGCAGUUGUGAUAGGGGACUCAAUAGUAAGGGGGUCAGAUAGGCGAUUCUGUGGACGCAGUCCAGAGACCCGGAUGGUAGUUUGCCUCCCUGGUGCCAGGGUCCGGGAUAUUUCUGAUCGUGUCCAAGAUAUCCUGAAGUGGGAGGGUGAGGAGCCAGAGGUCGUGGUACAUAUAGGUACCAAUGACAUAGGUAGGAAAAGGGAUGAGGUCCUGAAAGGAGAAUAUAGGGAGCUAGGAAGGGAGU